ACAACAGUUCCUUCUUUUUUUUUGUAGGUUGGAUUAAUUAUCAUGAUAUUGGGGCUCGCUCACACCGAAAACCUUUUCAGGAUGCAGUUAGUGCAAUGCAGAGAAGAAAGUCAACGUUAUGCCGUCAGUACAUGUAACUAAGCCUACAGGACGACAGUUGAGCAAGAUGUCCACUGGCAGGAAAAUGUUUGGAAAUGGAAGGAUCUACUUUGAAAAUGAAGCUGUAUGAGACGUUGAUGGAGAGGCAUGGCCCGCAUAUCCCUACCUUCUUUGGACUCCUCCCUUCCAGGGAUACCCCAGAGUGUGCUGGCUGUUUCCAUGGAAACUAAGUACCAAUGCCAGCAGUGUCACCAGGUCCUGAGAAAGCCGGUCCAGGCUCAGUGUGGACAUCGUUUCUGUGUCCAUUGUUUCAAACUGCUCACCAGCUCCGGCCCAAAGCCCUGUGAAGCCUGUCGACAGGAGGAGAUAUAUGAGGAGCCACAGUCCAUUCUCAAUAGUAAUGAGGCUUUUCCAGACAAUGCAGCUGGUAGAGAAAUCGCCAGCCUGCCUGCCAAAUGUAUCAGUGAGGGAUGCUCUUGGACUGGUUGCAUAAAAGAAUAUGAGGCACAACACGAGGGCAAGUGUGAGUAUGAGCGGUUACCAUGUGAAGCCUGCCAGGCCCUCAUCCUGCGCAGUGAAAAAGAGAAGCACAACGAGAGAGAAUGUGAAGCAAGGACAUUGAACUGCAAGUACUGCAAAGUCUCCUUCAACUUCAAGGAAAUCAAGGCUCAUGAUGAAAUCUGCCAGAAGUUUCCCAUGCAGUGCAAGGACUGUGGAAAGAAAAAGAUCCCACGGGAAAAGUUUCUAGAUCACAGCAGAUCCUGUGCCAAGUCUAAGACUGCAUGUCCAUUCAGUGAGGUCGGCUGCAAGGCUGUUAUUGAUAAUGGGAAACACAGUGACCACGAGCAGACUAGUGUCAUGGAGCACAUGCGUCUGAUCCUGGCGCUGAUGUCUAUGGUGCGUCUUCAGCGUCCAGAGGCCCCAGGGUCGGGGGAGUGGCAGGAGGACUCUGGGCUGGGCCUGUACCGCGCUCCUGAGGAUGGAGCCACAGCUACUGCAGCCACAGCUGGGGGAGGAGCUGCUGCCUCUGGACAGAUGUGUGGCCUUGAUCACAAGGUGACAGCACUGGAGAAUAUAGUGUGUGUACUGAACAGAGAAGUGGAGAGGAGUUCUCUCACUUUAGAGGCCUUCUCACGGCAACAUCGUCUAGACCAAGACAAGAUUGAGAACCUCAGCAACAAGGUACGUCAACUAGAGCGUACUCUUACCAUGCGGGACCUACAACUGGCUGAGACAGACCAGACUCUGAGAGAACUCCAGUUUUGCACGUUUGAUGGUGUCUUUGUCUGGAAGAUCGCUGACUUCUCACGCCGCCGCCAGGACGCUGUGGCCGGACGAACACCUGCUAUGUUCUCACCAGCAUUCUACUCGAGUAAAUAUGGCUAUAAGAUGUGUCUGAGACUUUAUCUGAAUGGGGACGGAACGGGUCGAGGGACACACCUUUCUCUUUUCUUCGUGGUGAUGAGGGGCAAGUGUGACGCUCUUCUCAAAUGGCCCUUCAGUCAGAAGGUGACACUGAUGCUGCUGGAUCAGAAUAACAGGGAGCAUAUCAUUGAUGCGUUCCGGCCCGAUGUAAGCUCCACCUCUUUCCAGCGACCAAUCAGUGAGAUGAACAUAGCCAGUGGCUGCCCACUCUUCUGCCCAUUGGCUAAACUGGCAGGCAAGAGUUCCUACCUUAGGGAUGACACAAUUUUCAUCAAGGCCAUUGUAGACCUCACAGGCCUGUAGCGACUGUGGAAGUCAAAGGCCUGUUGAAACUGUGGAAGUGGUAGUCAAAGGCCUAAAAAGCAGAAGAACACACAAAAUGAUGACUUAUGGCCAUACCAUAAAAUAAUACAUUACAUUAUAUAAUACCAUUAAAUAAUAUAAUUAUAAGUAUACUCUAGGCAGUGUCUAUUUAGCCAGCUAAUGGAAACUUUCAUUCUCUCAGGUUGGUCAAAAAUUAUCUCAGGGAGAGUGCUAAUCUCAAGCAUUCGGUCCAUUCACCAGAUCUGCAGGAUUAUAUAGAUAUUGUGAAUGUAUUCAUUGAAGGCACUGGGAGUCACAUUUGUUAACCAUCAAGUGUGCAGGAGGUACCACCAGUUGCAUGAUAAGGCAUUUACAGGGGAUUUUCAACAUAUUGGUAAUCAGAUUGCAACGGAGGGUCUAGCCCUCCCCAUAUGGGCCAUCUAUGAGUGACGUAUUGUUCACCAUAGUUCACGCUGUAAUAGGUAAAGUAAUAGUUACAGUAACUUAUAGUGGAUGUCAGAAAUAGAUCUCACAUAUGGGGCAAUGGAGGGCCCUUCACUGGUAACAAAAAGAGAGAUCAGUGGAUUGGACACCAUUGCCUUGAAUGAAUAAAAGUCUCAAAAUCCUUUACAUGAACAUGCAAAUUGUGGCGAACUGAACCAAUGCUUGAAUAGAGUACCACAGUAUGAGUCAUAAUACCCAUAAAACUUAGCAGUUAAACAGGGAAAUGGUUCCAUUUGUUU